UUCCCUCCACCGACAUACCGCUCGCUCUUUCCUCCUCACUCUUUAAUGGACUAUACAUACCCACCGUCCCUCCUCUUCCUAGUUUUAGCGGAAGAGAGAAGGGUACUGCCCCUUUCUCAACAGCAAUCAAAAAAGAGAAAAAGUAUAUGUAUAAAGAACAGAAUUGGAAGAGUGCUUAAAGAAAGCAAGAAAGAAAGGUUUUGAAGAAUGUCGUCCCUGGUCUCCACCCCCUUCACCCACCCCAGUUCGGCGAGAAUAGAGCUGCUCUCCUCUGCAUCCCAGAGGCACCACAUUUUUCUCCACUCGUUCCUCCCCAGGAGCAGCAGCAGCGGUAGCAGUAGCAGGUCGGUCCGCAAUGGCCGGACGGUGCGGUGCGCCGUACUAGGCAACGGGCUGUUCACGCAGACCAACCCCGAUGUGCGCCGCAUCGUGCCCCCGGACGCGGACCGGAGCCUCCCCAGGGUGAAGGUGGUCUACGUGGUCCUCGAGGCCCAGUACCAAUCCUCGCUCUCCGCGGCGGUGCGCGCCCUCAACGCCGAGCGCCGCUACGCCUCCUUCGAGGUCGUGGGCUACCUGGUGGAGGAGCUCCGCGACGAGAGCACGUACCGGACCUUCUGCGAGGACCUCGCGGACGCCAACGUGUUCAUCGGCUCUCUGAUCUUCGUCGAGGAGCUGGCGCUCAAGAUCAAGGCGGCCGUCGAGAAGGAGCGCGACCGGAUGGACGCCGUUCUCGUCUUCCCGUCCAUGCCGGAGGUAAUGCGGCUCAACAAGCUGGGCUCCUUCAGCAUGUCGCAGCUCGGGCAGUCCAAGAGCCCCUUCUUCCAGCUCUUCAAGCGGAAGAAGCAGUCCGCCGGGUUCGCCGAGAGCAUGCUGAAGCUGGUGCGCACGCUGCCCAAGGUGCUCAAGUACCUCCCCAGCGACAAGGCGCAGGACGCCCGGCUGUACAUCCUCAGCCUGCAGUUCUGGCUCGGCGGCUCCCCCGACAACCUCCGGAAUUUCCUUAAGAUGAUCGCCGGCUCCUACGUCCCGGCUCUCAGGGGCGCCAAGAUCGACUACGCCGACCCGGUGCUGUUCCUCGACAGCGGUAUUUGGCACCCGCUGGCCCCCUGCAUGUACGGCGACGUCAAGGAGUACUUGAAUUGGUACGGGACGCGGCGCGAUGCCGACGAGCGGCUCAAGGACCCGAACGCGCCGGUUGUCGGAUUGGUCCUGCAGAGGAGCCACAUCGUCACGGGCGACGACGGCCACUACGUCGCUGUGAUCAUGGAGCUGGAGGCGCGGGGGGCCAAGGUGAUACCCAUCUUCGCGGGCGGGCUCGACUUCUCAGGCCCGGCGGAGAGGUACCUGAUCGACCCCGUCACUGGCAAGCCAUUCGUCCACGCCGUGGUGUCGCUCACGGGGUUCGCGCUCGUGGGCGGCCCGGCUAGGCAGGACCACCCGCGGGCGAUCGAGGCGCUGAGCAAACUGGACGUGCCAUACAUUGUGGCUCUGCCGUUGGUGUUCCAGACCACCGAGGAGUGGCUGAACAGCACCUUGGGAUUGCAUCCAAUUCAGGUGGCGCUGCAGGUCGCUCUCCCGGAGCUCGAUGGUGGAAUGGAGCCCAUCGUGUUCUCCGGCCGCGACCCGAGAACAGGGAAGUCACAUGCGCUGCAUAAGAGGGUGGAGCAGCUGUGUACGAGAGCAAUCAGGUGGGCAGAGCUGAAGAGAAAAUCUAAGGAAGAGAAGAAGUUGGCAAUCACUGUCUUUAGCUUUCCGCCUGACAAGGGCAACGUGGGCACAGCUGCCUACCUGAAUGUCUUCUCCUCCAUCUUUUCCGUCCUUCGAGACCUCAAGAAGGACGGCUACAAUGUGGAGGGCCUUCCUGACACACCUGAAGCGCUCAUCGAGGAUGUCAUCCAUGACAAGGAGGCCAAGUUCAGUAGCCCCAACCUCAACAUCGCUCACAAGAUGAGCGUGCGUGAGUACCAGCAGCUAACACCUUAUGCGUCCCUGUUGGAGGAGAACUGGGGCAAACCCCCUGGCAAUCUCAAUUCUGACGGCCAGCACCUCCUUGUUUAUGGAAAGCAGUACGGCAAUAUCUUCAUUGGGGUGCAGCCCACUUUUGGAUAUGAAGGCGACCCAAUGCGCCUCUUAUUCUCCAAGUCGGCUAGCCCUCACCACGGCUUUGCUGCAUACUACUCCUUUGUGGAGAAGAUCUUCAAGGCUGAUGCUGUUCUCCAUUUCGGCACUCAUGGUUCUCUUGAAUUCAUGCCUGGGAAGCAGGUUGGGAUGAGCGACGUAUGCUACCCUGACAGCCUCAUUGGAAACAUUCCCAACAUCUACUAUUAUGCAGCUAACAAUCCGUCGGAGGCCACCGUUGCCAAGCGAAGGAGCUAUGCAAACACUAUAAGCUACUUAACACCGCCGGCUGAGAACGCAGGGCUUUACAAGGGACUCAAGCAACUUGCAGAGCUCAUCUCGUCUUACCAAUCCCUCAAAGACACUGGUCGAGGGCCACAGAUUGUGAGCUCAAUCAUCAGCACUGCAAAGCAGUGCAACCUUGACAAAGAUGUGAGCCUGCCGGAAGAAGGGGAGGAGCUUUCCCCUGAGGAGAGAGACCUCGUGGUUGGAAAGGUGUACUCAAAGAUUAUGGAGAUCGAGUCCCGGCUUCUGCCUUGCGGGCUCCAUGUGAUUGGCGAGCCUCCCACUGCCAUGGAGGCUGUGGCAACGUUGGUGAACAUUGCUGCUCUCGACCGUCCUGAGGAUGGUAUUUACUCACUUCCAGGCAUACUGGCGGAGACUGUAGGCAGAAACAUUGAGGAUGUGUACAGAGGAAGUGACAAAGGUAUUCUGGCUGAUGUUGAGCUUCUUCGGCAAAUAACAGAGGCAUCGCGCGGUGCGAUAUUCACCUUUGUGGAUCGGACAACGAACAAGAGAGGGCAAGUUGUCGAUGUUGCUGAGAAGCUGACCUCGAUGCUUGGGUUCGGCCUCAGUGAGCCAUGGGUGCAGUACCUGUCCAAGACCAAGUUUCUCAGAGCAGACAGGGAGAAGCUCAGGACCUUGUUUGAGUUCUUGGGAGAGUGUUUGAAGCUGGUUGUGGCGGACAAUGAGCUUGCGAGUCUGAAACUGGCCCUCAAGGGCAGCUAUGUGGAGCCCGGCCCUGGCGGGGAUCCAAUCCGAAACCCGAAGGUGCUUCCCACUGGGAAGAACAUCCAUGCACUGGACCCUCAGGCAAUUCCAACUGCAGCUGCAAUGCAGAGUGCCAAAGUGGUGGUCGAUCGGCUGAUAGAACGGCAGAAGGCAGACAAUGGAGGGAAAUACCCUGAGACAGUCGCUCUUGUGCUCUGGGGUACCGAUAACAUCAAGACUUAUGGGGAGUCUCUGGCCCAAGUGCUGUGGAUGAUCGGUGUCAGGCCCAUUGCUGAUACCUUUGGCCGUGUGAACCGUGUGGAGCCUGUCAGCCUUGAAGAGCUCGGCCGGCCUAGGAUCGAUGUGGUUGUCAAUUGCUCUGGUGUUUUCAGGGAUCUCUUCAUCAACCAGAUGAAUCUGCUUGACCGGGCAGUGAAGAUGGUUGCAGAACUGGACGAACCUGUGGAGCAAAACUAUGUCCGGAAGCACACCUUGCAGCAGGCGCAGGAGUUGGGCAUGUCGGUGCGUGAGGCAGCGACACGCGUCUUCUCGAAUGCAUCAGGCUCCUAUUCUUCCAACGUCAACCUGGCGGUGGAGAACUCGUCAUGGAACGAUGAGAAGCAACUGCAGGACAUGUACCUCAGCCGCAAGUCGUUCGCGUUUGACAGCGAUGCUCCUGGGGCGGGCAUGAUGGAGAAGCGCAAGGUGUUUGAGAUGGCGCUAGCGACGGCCGAUGCCACGUUCCAGAACCUGGACUCUUCGGAGAUCUCGCUGACUGAUGUGAGCCACUACUUUGACUCGGACCCGACGAACCUGGUGCAGUCACUGCGCAAAGAUGGCCGGAAGCCAAGCGCGUACAUUGCCGACACGACGACGGCAAAUGCACAGGUGCGGACGCUGGCUGAGACGGUGCGGCUGGACGCGAGGACGAAGCUUCUGAACCCGAAGUGGUACGAAGGGAUGAUGUCGAGCGGUUAUGAGGGAGUGCGGGAGAUCGAGAAGCGACUAACAAACACUGUGGGGUGGAGCGCGACGUCAGGGCAGGUGGACAACUGGGUGUAUGAGGAGGCCAACACGACGUUCAUCGAGGACGAGCAGAUGCGGAAGCGGCUUAUGCAGACCAACCCCAACUCCUUCCGGAAGCUUGUGCAGACAUUUCUUGAAGCUAGCGGCAGGGGCUACUGGGAGACAUCUGAGGAGAACCUUGAGAGGCUUAGGCAGCUCUACUCUGAAGUCGAGGACAAGAUCGAAGGGAUCGAGCGGUAGUUACCAAUCAGUCCGGUGUUGUUCAUCUGGUUCUUCUAUUUGUAAAACUUCAAAUUUAUAAAAUUUAAUGUGUAUGGUAUUUAUAAAUAUGUAACAUUUAAAGAAUUUCAUGAGAUUGUGAUUUAUGAAUGAGACUGAAGCUGUAAUCAUUCUAUGAAAUCGAGAGGAAAGGGCUCACCAAAAGAGUUUGAUGUGAA